ACGAGGCGAUUAAAAUGGGGAUGAGUUGAAUCAUGUUGCGGAGCAGCACAGUGUCUGUUCAAGUUGUGACUCCCGCCGGGAGCGCCGGAGUAUGCGAAACGACCGAUGGCGAGCUGAUGUUUACGUGUUUGUGUGACAUGUGAGAAAGUGGUAUUUGUCACCGCCACGAAUAUGGGCAGGCAUACGUGCUUAAAACGGUGAUCUAUACAAGUUUUAAUUACUACAAAUUAAGUUAUUUUUUUUAAAAGAAGCAAGGUCUUUUCAGAUUAAAUUAAAAUCUUGUAUUACAUAAAAAUGCAGCAAGAGAACCAAGUGAAUAGUGCUUCGAGUCCCAACGCCUCGCCUGCGUCGACCGGGGCCACGGGCACCGCAACCACCACCAAGACCAUGGUGAACGGUGGGCGCUUUGACUUCGACGACGGUGGCACCUACUGCGGCGGGUGGGAGGACGGCAAAGCGCACGGCCAUGGCGUGUGUACGGGGCCCAAAGGACAAGGAGCCUACUCGGGCUCGUGGCAUUACGGAUUCGAGGUGUCCGGCAUCUACACCUGGCCCAGCGGGAGCGCAUUCGAGGGCCAGUGGCAGAAUGGUAAGCGUCAUGGGCUGGGCGUCGAGACGCGCGGCAGGUGGUUGUAUCGGGGUGAGUGGACGCAAGGCUUCAAGGGUCGUUACGGAGUGCGGCAGUCCUCUACAUCGAACGCACGGUACGAAGGCACGUGGGCCAAUGGACUGCAGGACGGCUACGGCUCGGAGACAUAUGCUGACGGAGGGACAUACCAGGGCCAGUGGCUCAGGGGGAUGAGGCACGGCUACGGUGUCAGGGCCAGCGCUCCCUUCGGAAUGGCUUCACACUACCGCCCUAACAAAACAGUUCGCGCCUCCAUGACUUCACUUCGGAGCACAGAGGCGGGUGGUGGCAGCACUGUCGGAGGGGCGGCAGAUCCUGCCGCAGAGAGGGACCGGAGGGUGGACGACUCCAGGGGCGGCUUUGUACUGAAGGCACGCAGUGAUGAGCCCCCCGCUAGAAGAAGGUCGCUGGUGGAGAAGGGAUCCAACAUCAAGUCCAUCUUUUCGAGGAUGCGAAAGCAGCGAAGCACGGGUGAUCUGGAUAAGCGGGGGGGCAACUCUGCCAGCAUUCGGAGCACCAGCUCCAAUGCCUCCUGGAUCAGCACAGAAUCUUCGCAGUCUGGGAUGACCAAUGCCUCCGUGCACACAGACUCCAAUGCCAGCUUCGUCGUCGAGGACGAACAGAUGGACGAGAGCGUAACGGAGACGUACAUGGGCGAAUGGAAGAACGACAAGCGCUCAGGGUUCGGCAUCAGCGAGCGUUCGGACGGACUGCGGUACGAGGGCGAGUGGUUCGCAAACAAGAAGUACGGCUACGGUGUCACUACCUUCAGAGACGGCUCCAAAGAAGAGGGCAAGUACAAGAACAAUGUCCUCAUCACUUCCCAGAAGAAGAAGCAUCUGUUCCUCAUCCGCUCCGCAAAGUUCCGUGAGAGGAUAGACGCGGCUGUUAACGCAGCACAGAGGGCGUCAAAAAUCGCCCUGCAAAAGGCGGACAUCGCCAUCUCGAGGACGGCGACGGCUCGAGGCAAGGCGGAGCUGGCAGACAUGGCAGCGGACCACGCGCAUGAGGACUCGGAUAUUGCGAGGACCACGGCUAAGCAGUUCGCUCCCGACUUCCAACAGCCAGGGUUGGACAAAUUUCGGGCCAGAGAACAUAUCAAGUACCGACCACCACCAGAAGAUGCAAUGCCUGCAAAGUCGAUUCUUCAGAAAACCAAUGACCAGUCGGUCAUACAGCAACAACAGCAGCAGAAAAUCCAACAAUCAACUCAGCAGUCUUAUCAACAAAAACAACAGCCCUAUCAACAGAAUCAGCAGCCCUACCAGCAGAACCAACAGCCCUACCAGCAGAAUCAGCAGUCCUACCAGCAGAACCAGCAGCUCUAUCAGCAGAACCAGCAGAAUCAGCAGCCCUACCAACAGAACCAACAGCCCUACCAACAGAAUCAACAGCCCCACCAACAGAACCAGCAGCCUCACCAACAGAGCCAGCAAAGCUAUCAACAAAACCAACUGAACCAGCAACCCCAGUACACGCAAUCUGUCAAGUCUGUGCAUAUGUCUAGUGUAGUGACUACGGACUUGAACAUGGGCAAAGCAUACAUGAAUAAGGUUGACCAGGUGCCAAACCGUGUCCCCAAUGCAGUGCCUGCUGCCCCCUCCAAGCCACCACAGUUGCCUUCCCAGAACGAAGAGGGUCCCAUGCUGAAUCCCUCUGUUAACAACCCAAAUAUCACAUCUUUUGGGGUUUCUGCACCUACAGGAGGGUCCAACGUCUCACUGCGGCGCAACUCAAGAAUUAAGCCUGCUGCGGCCCCUGAGGAAGUGCCAGCGUUCGGCUAUCAGCAGUCGUUGAAUGACCGGUUCGACCAUUACAAGCGACCGCCGAGCCGGGACUCGAGCGUGGACCGUUACCAGCGUGCAGCCUCACGGCUGGGCGGUUUGGGAUCCCGACAGUCCUCCGUGGAUAAGGCUGCGCCCCCUGCUGCGCCCACUGGCAGAGAGACGUCUGUGGACCGAACAGGGCGGGGCCCUUCUGCUGCCCGAGGCAACACCCCGUCCGCGGGCAACGGGGCAGUUGUGGGUGCGCCUCUCUACACCAUUCCCAACUCGCUGGGCCCUCAGCAGGGCCCCUUCGAAGACGUCGUUCUGCGCAACAGGACACUGGGGCAGGACAUAAUCCCGUCGCCGGGACAGCCCAAGAGGACAGAGUCCCUCUUUAUUAAUUCUGGUGGCGGCGGAGGUGGUGGAGGAGGCGGUGGAGGCGGAGGAGGAGGCGGCGGCGGCGGCGGCGGUGGAAGUAAAGCGAUGAAGAGCGUGCCGGCUCCAACGCCGCUGCAGCGCAAGAAGAGUCUGCCCGACUUCCAGGGGCUGCCGAAGGCGACGGGCCCUAUGUCUCGGGAAGAGGUCUCUGUCCUGAGUUCGGCGAGACGCGAGGAGGUGCGGCGGCAAGCUGAGGAGGCAGAGAGGCUGAGGGCCAACCCCCUGCUGUACCUCGUCAGUCCCCACGUCAAGGACUGGUUCUCGAGACAGCAGCUGGUGAUGCUAGUACUCUUCAUCAACAUCUCCCUGGCCAUCAUGUUCUUCAAGCUGCUCACGUAGUAACGACUGUUAUUCUUUGCAUUGGACUCAGCUGGCUAGGGCUAGUGAAAGUGGGGUUCCCACCCUCCUUUCCUCCCAUUCACUCCACCGAACCAGCAAAAUCACCUGAUGAUGUGGAGACCCAAUAAAGAUAAGUACCACAUUGCCGCGCAGCGCAUAUUUUUACACGAGUUGAGGUAAUUUUUUCACUUUUGUCCUUCUUCUUCUUCUCCUUCUCGAAAUGAAGUAUGAAGCAAGUAAACCAAAUACGGACUUAUGAUAUAUUGCAAAGUUAUAUAUAAUAUACCAAUGUACCAAUUUUCUAUACAACCAAAACAUGAGAGAAUGUCGCUCCUUAUUCGGCGGACAGCCCGCUCGCCAGGAAAUGAAUCGAAGGGAUCAAACGAGACGGUAAUUCUCCUGCGAGACGAUAAAAUCAGGAGAUUCUUUUUUUUUUUUACUUCGCUUAGAUUAAGGGAAGGUUUUGAAUCGCUGGGAAAGCAUAUUAUCUCAUCCUACAUCUUAAAAUUGGCCACAUGUUUUUAUUCUUCCCUUUUAUAGAAGCAUGUGGAGUGAGAGAAUUAUUACAUAGUUUGUUUAUACACUUCAAGGGAUACUACUUGUAAAUAUUCUUGUUCCACUCGCAGUGGCAACAUAUACGUAAGAAGUAACUUCUUUACGAGUUAGGUUUUUGAGAUACUGAACUGUAUAAAGCAUAUCAAACGAGUCUCUAUUUCAGCGAUCGUCUAUUGUUAUUAUACUAUCUAUAUUGGAGAGAGAAGCAUUGCGUGCCUUUUUAUUAAAUUGUUUAUCAAAUCAUGUAACAUUUAGACUGUAGAUAGGUCAACCUAUUUUCAAAAGUAAUAAUAAUAAUAAUGAAAACUCCAUUUUUUCUACAUGAACAUCAGAACAUCAAAAUAUUUUCUAGACAUAUAGUCUAUUAUUUACUCGUUGUGUACCGCCUAGUAUAUAAAUUAUUGUAAUGAAGUCUUUCUCUGCUUUUGAAGCGGCUGGUUAUUCUGUUUGCUUCGCAUUUUACAUUACCUGCGCAGAACACGCUACCAAAACAAAGGAAAUAAAAUUUGUAAAAUUCUUCAAUUUUCCAUCUCUUGCCAAACGGCUCUUGUACAAUAUGGUAAUAAUAAAAAGAACUGUUAGUUCUAUAUGAAGUUACAGGUUUAGGUUAGGUUGGUAGGACUGUUGAAGAGAACCUGACAGGAAAUAUUUUAAUUAUCGUUCAUUAAUUGUUACUUAUUCUCUGUUAUCCCGUUUGCACUUACCAAGUUCCUUUCUCACGAAUCUUGACCUUCGAUCCUUGGUUUACUUUAUUUUCUUUUUCAGUGGAUAUUAUUUUUGUGUUUCUCCCAGAUCGAGGCAUCUUCCAUUUAUAAUUUUGAUUCCUUCUUCGGAGCGAAAAAGAAAUCAUGAACGCUACAUCUGCACACCUUGUGUUUCAGAACUUAAUAGUGCUACAGUGUCUUCAGUACUGAAGAAGAUUAAUUGAUGUUAAAGUUUUGCUUUCCUUUUGUUAAAGCAAGAACAUGUAUUUGAAAGGAAACCUGAUCCCACUGAAUAAAAAUUGUGUUCACUUCUCAGUGACUCGGGUCACAUAACUUGCCGGACUGUUUUGUUCCCCCAAAGCCUUAUCUUAGGCAAAGAGAAAGAAAUGAAAUUUCUGCCUUAGCUAUUGUUACUACCUUCAGUGCUGUUUGCUUGUUAAGUUUGAUUAGCACAUACUUUUGUUCCGGGUGAUUGAAUUUGCAGUGCUCUGUGAACCGACAGAUAUAAAUUUGUUCAAUAAAAUGUUCUUUUUUUUUCAAAUGUGAGCUUAUGGGACAAUAAUAUUGAACUUUGAAUUGUUUAUGCGAUUAUUGUUUUUCUCUUCAUAUCUGCCAUCUUAUCUUGGUUACUUUUUAAGUCUGCAUGACAUUAUUUUAAGUGCAAUUUGUCCUGUUUGUAACAUUACCCACAUCAUGUAAAGGAUUCUGUUUAGAAAGAAUCAUAUUGAAGGUUCUAGUUCUGGAUACAAUUUCUAAUACCUAUCUGUGGAGUGGCAUGUACAGGGACUUCAUAUCCGGAGAAAAGGUUGGGUCUAACAGAUGUAUUACUGAUUGCCUCACAUAUUAGGCAGAUAUUUAUAAUAAAUAAACUCCUGCUCUUGGAUGCCAACGAAUUUCAUAUAUGACGUCGUUGGAGCAGAUGUUGCUAUCGAAAAUUUAUAUUAUAGUGUUGCAAAUUCAGUUCACAUUUAAGCAGGAUUUUGCAUCCAUUAAUUACUCAGCAGUAUGCAUACAAUUUUGUGGAUGAGGAAACGGUAUGCAUAAUUGCAUAAAUGCUAUGAUCA